GUCCACAAAUUUUGUUAAUUUCUCUCAUUCGUUUAUACCUUUUUUACUUUGUCUUUCUUUUUUUCAUCUACCAAAAAAUAUAAAUAUAUUCACUUUAUUCUUAAUACCAGCCUCAGACCCAAAUAAUCGAUUUAUUAUGCUCACUCGACCCCGUAUUAUUGUGCUGCUUAUAAUAUUGGGUGUUGUUGCAACCAGUUUUAUUGCCACAUCAAACUACCACAACUACUGGGACAUACUCGAAGGGAAAGCGCCACCAGAGACACCUACUAAAAUCUUACAUCGGCCACACCGCCGGCCAAUUGAAGACCAAAUGCUGCUCGACCGCAUGGCAAUCAUUUUACCCAUCAACAGCAACACGGACAUGCAGUUCUACCGCAACACCUGGUUCAGCGACUACCUGUACCCCGUGUGCGACUGGGAGGAGCCAGGAUGCGAGAUUGUGUGCAACAGGACUUCGACAUAUCAUACACUGGACGAAAAAACAAUUUGCUUUUCAAAAGCCAUCAGGUCAUAUGAGGACAUUGAGUUUUUCAUUAAGCUGGAUGAUGACUCGUUUGUUGAUAAGGAAUAUGGAUCCAAGCGUCCCGUAUACAUUAGCGAUCACACUAGAAGAAGGGACAAUGAGAACAAGAAAAACUUGCACCUCGUGCUGUACGGGAACGGCAAAUUUUACAUGUUCAACCAGAAUCUUCUCAAUUGUCUGGACACGGAAUUCAGGUACAAUGGUACAAGAAAUGAGGACUUUGUAUUUGGUGGCAUGGUUAAUUCCGGAUGUGGUGAACGUAAUGUUGCGUUUAUCCAAGAGGAUGACAAUUUUAUCUGGCAUAAGCAUUACACUAACAAGAAAAAGGAUAUCGACUUGGGAUUUAUUAGGAACCAUUAAUCGUUUUCAAUUUUAAUUACUCCAAAAUACAUUUUUUGCC